CGACAAAGUCCGUCGGUUCCUCGGCCUGGCGGGGCCGAUCUAUCGGGCGUGUUCCAACCUGGAGUUCUUCAACGUGUCGGAGAAAGGCAUGGCGGAGCAUGCGGCCGCCAAGGAACGUAACCACGCUCAGUUGGAGCUGGAACUGGACCAGCGCUUCCAGGCUAUCACGCCCUUCCUGACUCUGAAACGAUUGCAGCUCGACUUUCUCCGGUUUAUUGCGUUUGCUACGGGCGAUGCCAAUGACUUGAGCAGCCUGAACGCGUCCUUCCCGCUGUCCAUGCAAGCGAUCGAGUCGCGGGCGUUUACUUACGCUGUGACAGUGCCGAUUUCUUCGUUGUUGGAGCGGGACCUGGAUAUUGAAGACCUUGAGUCUACAUCUGAUGCAUUCGAACUCAAGAUUGACAUCACGGAACCGCCCUCCUCGCGACUAGCUGUGGACUCCGGUAUCGCCGACAAGAUCAGCCAUGCGGUCGCAAACAUUCGACGAAAUACUGUCGUUCCACUCGUAUACCACGUGGAAAGUAGUGUAGGCUUCAGUAUCCAGAAUGGUGAGCACAACGAACCCUCGCGUCGGCCCACCAACGAGUAUUUGAACCUUAUCCAGCAUGGGCUACGCCUGGCUCCGGAAUUCGUGACGGUCGACCUGUCGUAUAGCGACGACCUCUUGUCUCAAAUCAUCGCGUCGAAGGGCUCGAGCCGUGUGAUCGGCCAUUAUGCUGCGGCUCAGCCUCCGCCAAGGGGAUGGGACGAUCCGACAUACAUGAAUCUCUAUGAGCGAGCAAAACGGUUGGGCUGUGAUCUAGUACGAUUGACGCAGCCGGCGACCUCCAUAGAUGACAAUUUUGCAGUUCAAAGGUUUCGCGACUCCUUCAAGUCACUUCCGACUGCACUACCCCUGAUAGCAUACAACUCAGGACUGCUGGGCCGGUUAUCUUGUUGUUUCAACCCAAUUCUGACGCCUGUGACACAUCAGUCUCUUCUCUCUGAAACACAACUCAAAGGGAUUCCCUGUAUCACUUUGCGUGAAGCCCAAGAAGCUCUCUACUCCUCCUUCACUCUGGACCCUAUGCAGUUCUUCCUGUUCGGCGGCAACGUCACCUACAGUCUGUCGCCAAUCAUGCACAACGCGGCAUACAAUCUCUGUGGCAUGCCGCAUGUCUACCGAACCCACCAGUCAUCUACCUUGCGUGGACUGAAUGAUCUGGUCUCCAAUCCACACUUUGGCGGCACCAGUGUCGCCUUGCCGUACAAGACAGAAGUAAUCCCCCUGCUCCAUUCGAUGUCUCCUCACGCCCGCGCCAUUGGUGCUGUGAAUACCCUGGUCCCAAUUCGGGAGGGUGACGAAAAGGCUCUGGAUGGCGAUGGUUCUCCUUUGCUUAUGGGCAAGAGCCGCGCGGGCCCCGUGAAAGCUUUGCAUGGAGAUAACACUGACUGGAUUGGCAUUGGUAACUGCUUCCGACGAGGCCUAUCCCCUGCGAAUGCCAUUCGGCCUUUGUCCACCGGGUUGGUUAUAGGUGCAGGUGGUAUGGCUCGCGCUGCCGUCUACGCCAUGAUCCAUCUGGGGGUGCAGAACAUCUUUGUGUUCAACCGCACCGCUGCCAAUGCGGAGAAGCUAGCCCGGCACUACAACCAACAGAACCUACGGUCGCCCGGCCGAGCCGGGUCAACAACCCGCCCUCAUGUUCAUGUUCUGCGAUCGCAACAAGACAGCUGGCCUGUCAAUUACAAGCAACCGACCGUCAUCUGCUCCUGCAUCCCCACUCACAGCAUCAGAGGGGAACCGGCGCCCAAUAAUGAGAUCCCGUCCCAGUGGCUGGAGAGCCCGACGGGUGGUGUAGUUGUCGAAUUGGCCUACAAAUCCCUCAACACCCCGCUAAUCAAGCAGAUCCGUGCGCUCUCCCACCGCGGCUGGGUGGCAUUGGAUGGGUUGGAUGUUCUCCCGGAGCAAGGCUUCGCCCAGUUCGAAUUGUUUACGGGCCGCCGUGCGCCUCGACGGCUGAUGCGCACGGUGGUGUUGAAGGAAUACAAGGAGGAAGAAGGGCAAUACGACCCGCAAGCCAUCCAGAAUCGGCUUGAGAAUCUGAAGGGGCAACCCACCUGAUGAUGAGCUUGGCCGUAUCGCCGCUGUAAUGUGAUC